CUUCACGGUGUGGAGCAGUGAGUUUCCUAGUUUUCCUAGUGUGCUGAUGGAUUCGCACCGUUGUGCCCUUCGGGUGUCUUCUGGAGUAUUCUAGAAAGGAGGAAAAGCUAUCAAAAAGUCGCAGGCAAUAACAAACUUGGAUAAGCGAGAGAGAGAGAGAGAAAAAAGAGGGGAAAAAUCACUCUCUUGCCGUGCGCCCUCUCUCUCAACGUGACUCCAUCGCAGCAAUGAAGCAAUUACAAGUGGAGACAGGCCAUUCUCCGUCUCUCAGCAAGACACUGGCGAAUGGUUAAGGAAAACAAUGUCCUGCAUUAUAGCAUCGGGGAGGGAAGGGGGGGAGGGGGGAAGCAUGCCGCGAGAAAGUUAUAGCCAUGAUUUCACGCCAAGACGGCGAAAGCCCAUUACUUGCUCUUCAGAAUCUCACCUCCACUGCUCUCUUUCUGUUUUUUUUCUUUUUUCUUUUUUCUGCCUUUCUUUUGUUCCUGGCUGCAGGAGAAAUCUGCGCAUUUAAGAUCCACGGGCAGGAGGCCCCGUUCGAGGCGGUGGUGCUGAACCGGACGUCGGGCGAGGGAGUCCUGAGGGCGCGGAGCCCCAUCGACUGCGAGCUGCAGAAGGAGUACACGUUCAUCAUCCAGGCCUACGACUGCGGAGCGGGGGCCAGCGGCGCCGGCUGGAAAAAGUCACACAAGGCGGUGGUGCAUAUCCAAGUGGAUGAUGUGAAUGAGUUUGCUCCAGUGUUCCGGGAGCCUGUGUACCACGCCACACUGACGGAGGGGAAGAUCUAUGACAGCAUCCUUCAGGUGGAGGCCUGGGACCAAGACUGCUCGCCACAAUACAGCCAGAUCUGCAACUACGACAUCGUCACCCCACACACACCCUUUGCCAUCGACCGCAAUGGCAACAUCCGCAACACAGAGAAGCUGAGCUAUGACAACCAGCAGCACUACAAGAUCAUGGUCACUGCCUUCGACUGCGGCCAGAUGAAGGCAACAGAGAGCGUGCCCGUGCACAUCGAGGUCAAGCCCGUCUGCAAGCCCGGGUGGCAAGGUUGGAAUAAGAGAGUGGACUACGAGCCUGGCACUGGGAGCAAGCAGCUGUUUCCCAAGAUGCACCUGGAGACCUGUGACGGGCCGCUGUCGUCGGUGAGGGCCAUGGUGGAACUACAGACGAGCCACAUUGGGAAGGGGUGCGAUCGCGAGACAUACUCCGAGAAGUCCCUGCAGAGGCUCUGUGGCGCAGCUUCAGGUAGCACUGAUCUACUGCCCGCCCCCAGUGCAUCCACCAAUUGGACGGUCUCCCUGCUAACGGACAGCGGGCGCGACAGUGACCUCAUCUUCCGCUUUGACGGACGGCAGGCGGCCAACGUGCCGGACUGGGUGGUACCCCAAAACCUGACGGACCAGUUCACCAUCGCCACUUGGAUGAAGCACGGACCCAGCCCUGGCGCCCGCGCGGAGAAGGAGACGCUGCUCUGUAACUCCGACAAGACCGAGAUGAACCGGCACCACUACUCUCUGUAUGUGCACAACUGCCGGCUGGUGUUCCUGCUGAGGAGGGACUUCACCCAAGUGGACACCUUCAGACCCGCAGAGUUCCACUGGAAACUGGAGCAGAUCUGUGAUAAGGAGUGGCACUACUUCGUGAUCAACGUGGAGUUCCCGGCAGUGACACUCUUUGUGGACGGCGUGACCUACGAGCCAUACCUGGUGACGGACGACUGGCCCAUCCACCCCUCACAGAUCGACGUUCAGCUCACAGUUGGAGCCUGCUGGCAAGGCGGAGAGGUAACCACGCCACGCUUCACCCAGUACUUCCGCGGGAGCCUGUCUGGCCUGACCAUCCGGCCGGGGAAGAUCGAGACCCAGAAGGUCAUCUCCUGUCUGCAGGCCUGCAAGGAGGGUCUGGACAUCAACUCACUGGAGAGCCUGGGCAAAGGCAUCAAGUUCCACUUCAACCCAGCGCAGUCGGUCCUGGUGAUGGAGGGCGAUGACCUGGACAGCAUCAACACGGCCAUGACCAAAGUCUCCUACAUCAACUCCAGGCAGUUCCCUACACCAGGCCUACGGCGUCUUCAUAUCAGCACCACAGUGCAGUGUUUCGGCGAGGACACUUGCAUCUCCAUCCCGGACAUCAUGGCUGCUGUGAUGGUGCUUCCUCCCAGUGAACCCCGCAUCACCAUCGCUGGUGUGGAGCGCCUUGUCCGACCCGCAGCAGACUUCAGCUCCAUCACCGGCGUUGCACUCUUCAAGGAGGUCCGCAUCAUCAGCACCGUCACCAAAAGCGAGUCGGCCUUCAGCGCAGCCCAUCGGCCAGGCCUGCUGGAGGCAAUGCACAACCUGGACUACUGUGACGUGCUGGUGAUCGGGGAGGAGCUCAACCCAGAGCUGGAGAGUCUGGAGAUCCACCACAGCUCCCUGAUGGGCAAGCACCUGGACGCCACCAACUCCACCUCCGGCAUCUCCAUCUACGGUGUGGAUUCUAUGUCCCAUUACGAGCAGGCCAUCAGGCAGGUGAGGUAUCGCAACUGGCACCCCACCGCCCUGAUGGAGAGAAGGUUCCGGCUCAGCUGCUCUGAGCUCAACGGACGCUACACCAGCAACGAGUUCAACCUGGAGGUUGGUGUGGUGCACAGCUCAGUGGUUGUCGAGCAUGUCAAUCACAUGGCUUCCCAACCACAGUACAUGAGACCAGUGCAUCAUCCUAUCAUGGUUCAUACUGUCAGCUCCAAUCACAUCUCAGGCACCCCUCCUGCUGCCACUGUGGUGAUUGUGAUGUGUAUCGCCGCCCUGGUGGUCAUAGUAGUGCUGGGUAUCUACCGCAUCCACACCACCCACCAAGACGGCUCCAAGGCGGACGAGGAGGGAGGCAAGGACCCUGAGAUGGACUGGGAUGACUCCACCCUCACCAUUACCGUGAACCCCAUGGAGAACAUCCAAGCUGCCGAAGGAGCGGAGGAGGCGAGAGAGGAGGAGCAGGAAGAGGACGAAGAUGAGGAGGAGGAAGAAGACGAUGACGAAGAAGAGGAAGAAGAUGAUGAUGAACUGGCAGGAGAAGCGUCCAGCGGAGAGUCAGAGGAGAGCGACGAGGAGGAGACAGAGACGCAGAAGGCCAAGGGGAAGGCCAAGCUGGAGUGGGACCACACUACGUUACCAUAUUAAUGAAUCACCUGAUCGUUUUUUGCUCACUCGCUCACACACACACAUAUAAACAUAUACACUCACACACACACACACACACACACACACACACAGACACAUACACGCAAACACAGAUACAUUAACAAACAACACACACACACAGGAAAGACACACAGAGGCGCACACUAAUACACCACCCAGACACACACACACGGAGUCAGUGGACCCAUGUUGAAAAUUAAAGUCACUAAUUUAAUUCUAACAUGACUGACCCUAGUACAUGUUAUUUUCUUUUCACUCAUACACUUAUAUUGAUGCAAUAUUGCCCCCUGCUGGCUUUCUUGGGGAAUUGCACUGAAAGUCCACAUUUCAGUCCGAACAUCAAGGCCAUGGUCUACAUUAGCACAAACAAGACAUCCUUGACACCCUGAGAUAAAAAAAAAAACAAAACAAGAAAAAAAAACUAAAAUCUAAAAAAAAAAAACAGAGAUUAAGAUUUCUUAACUUUGUUAAAUGAUUAGAGAGCAUUUUUUUACAUACUAAUUUGUAUCAUUACUGUUCAGGAUAGAACUCUUUGUUCUCUUUUAAAGUGAGAUAGCUUGACCCCACAUGACAAUGCAUUCACUGUUAAAUGUGUUUUUCGCCUAAAUAACACAAAAAUAAUAUUGCAUUUAUUUGCAAUAUUAAAUACCUUAAAAGUUGUUUUUUGCAAUGAAAUAUAUAUGAUAUUUAAUGAUGAUAUUUUUUUCAUUUGAAAUCUAGGAGAAUAUGUUUAUGUCAGAUCUUCAGAGAGAUUUUGAUUGACACAAUGUCUUUAACAGAGGUAUAGAGAUAAAAGCAUUAUUUCAAAGAGGAAACAAAUCUUCUUUCCAAUCUCCUUUUGAUGGGCUCCUCUUUCUGAUUUCUUUCUUUUUUUUGUUUAUUCAGUUCUCUUUUUCUUUUGAAUUGUUGAAAGCUAUCAAGAGGAGGGAGAGAAAGUGUACAUUUUCUAUGCCUGUCUUCUGUAAAUAGCAGUAGUGUAGAUGAACCGUCACCCCCCCCCCCCCUCCCACACAUACACGCCUCGUCCUUCUCAUUCCCCAGUCCGUCUGGUCGUGUCCACUCUUGCUUGCCUCCGAGGACCACGUGUC